AUGGCCAUGUCCCAGGUCUCGGUUAAGUCUCUGGGGCACAUCCCGUCAAGUCGCGAAGGACGGAAGAGGCGGAAGCAGCUGGGAGACCUUGCUCGCCAGCAGCUGGAGUCAACCAAGCGGAGGCCGGCGGGCCAGGCAGGCCCCGCCCCCAGGAAAGGCCCCGCCCCGUCCCGACCGGCCGCUUGGCAGAGCCGCCAGGGGACGCUGCACGCCGUUGGGACCCUGCAGUCUGGCCGGCAGAAAGAACACGAGCCACUCCGGAGCAGCUCCUCGCCGCUAAAGGCGCAGCCCCGGGAUGAGAACCGGAGGAGGCGGUGUCGGCGGGCAGCGCCGGGGCCGCCUCGGCUCCCAAGUGGCUCGUCGAAGAAAAAAGGACUGAGUGCCGAGGAAAAGAGAGCCCGCAUGAUGGAAAUAUUUUUUGAGACAAAAGAUGUAUUUCAAUUAAAAGACAUGGAGAAGAUUGCUCCCAAAGAAAAAGGCAUUACUGCUAUGUCAGUAAAAGAAGUUCUUCAGAGCUUAGUCGAUGAUGGUAUGGUUGACUGUGAAAGAAUUGGAACAUCUAAUUAUUAUUGGGCUUUUCCAAGUAAAGCUCUUCAUGCCAGGAAACGUAAGUUGGAGGCUCUGGAAUCUCAGUUAUCUGAGGGAAACCAAAAGCAUGCAAACCUACAGAAAAGCAUCGAGAAAGCUAAAAUUGGCCGACAUGAAACGGAAGAGCGAACCAUGCUAACAAAAGAACUUUCUUCACUUCGAGACCAAAGGGAACAGCUAAAAGCAGAAGUAGAAAAAUACAGAGAAUGUGACCCGCAAGUUGUGGAAGAAAUACGUCAAGCAAAUAUACUGGCUAAAGAAGCUGCUAACAGAUGGACUGAUAACAUAUUUGCAAUAAAAUCUUGGGCCAAAAGAAAAUUUGGGUUCGAAGAAAAUAAAAUUGAUAAAAAUUUUGGAAUUCCAGAAGACUUUGACUACAUAGACUGAACUACUCAGUGUCGGUGGAGGAUCUAUGUACUUGUGAAUAUGUAACGUUUUUGUUACCCAGCUAAAUGUACUGAAUUAUCAUUUACCUGUAAUUGUGUUUUUCAUUUUAUUAAUUUUAAAUAAAGUAUAAAGUGUA